CGGCAUCUUCAGCUUGUUCUCAAGGUGGUUCGCCCAGAACCAACCUGCCGCCCCAAAAUGUAGGAACGGCUUGCGAUUCUCAACUCUUCAUCAAAACGUAGGUAGAAUUAGCGAACAAUACAGCGGCUUUCGUCAUCAGCAGUCUCAAGACAAGGUAAGUAUAUAUAAGAAUUAACUUUCCCUCAUUUUUUUCAGGUGUAUAGUGCAUAGACAAAUCGAAACACACCAUCACAAGUACAUUACUGCAAAUUAUCCCUUCAUCAUGUCAAACCCUCACUACAUCAAACUUCACCGUGGAGAAGAUCCCUCGCCUGACACUAAGCAGCAACCUGCUUCCUUCUCAGAGCAGACGAAGAACUGGCUACGAGAGGGCCACAAAGAUAUGCCGUGGCAUAACAUUGAUUCAGUUGCUGUGUCUAACAUGCAAGACAACUCCGACAUCAACGGCGCGCCGUCUGAUACCGCUGCCACACAGGGCAGUGAUAAGUAGUCCUAUGCUAGGAUCAAGUCCUGGUAAAGAUCAUGUCAUUCUCAUCGACUGUAUACCCAACUAGUCUACAGCAGUCGACAUGGGAUCAAGCCUGGACUCAAUUCCAGGAAGAAUAACAUCAAAGAAGACAGGAUUGCGUCGAAGUUUUAGCCUUUCUAUGAUUCCCAGGAAAGAAGAAGUUCAAUCGGGGCAAACAAUAGCAACGAGUGCAGAACGCUAUAUGUUUCGACAGGAGCUGGGGCCAGUGGCAAGACCAGAUUAUAAACUUCGUUCAUGAGUACCCCAUUAGCUCCCUGUGAAACCAAUUGCAUAAUUCCUUUCAUCUUCGUGCAUGUUAUUAAUAGGACUGUCCCCAGGUACACCAAUGACAAACC